AUGAAUGAUCCUUCAACCAUCACGUUCCAAGAGUUUUACAGCUACACUUUAAAGAGCUAUAUACGGCCCGGAUACCUUACUCCAGCCGACGCCAACAUAUUAACUUUAGAGAUCAUUGAUUUGUUCAGCGAUCGUCCUUGCGAACCAACGGUUCUUCAGGUCCUCGGGAGGUUUCUUACCAUCGAUGCUUAUACUAACUUGGUUGACGAACGAACCAUCAAUGGGAUUUGUGGGUAUCCUCUUUGCCACGCUGCUCCUGAACGUAAAAACCACCAAAACCCCUUGAGAGUGCUUCUGGAAAAUGCUAAGCUUCUACAUAAUCACAACAACCAUAGCCAUGAUGCCGCGAGGAUGGGUACGUUGACCCCAUUCAGUUACUUGAAUAACUACUGUUCGAAAAAACAUUAUCAGUGUUCGCAGUUUUACGUGGCUCAAUUGCUGGAUAAUGCGCUUUUUCUAAGAGAUAAUUUGUUCGUCACCGCCAAUGGUGAGUUUAUCAACCAGGAAAAUUAUCACCAAUAUAUUGGGAAAAUCAUUUUACUAGAAGACGUGUGGCGGGAACAAGCAUCUCGUAAUCAAGUAUCACUAGUGGAUGUGCUCACCGAUUUGAAUAUUGGUAAUAGUAAUAGUAAUAAUAAUCAACAAUCGCAAGAACCCGAGAGAAUUAUCCCUGAUGAAUUAAUGAAGGACGAAAUCGUUGAGAAGUUCCCCCAACCUGGGGAAGAUGUUAUGGAGGACGACGACGACGACGACGAUAAUGAAAUGAUCUCGCUAGAGCAAAGAGCAAAGCAAAUAGAUGGUUAUGUCACAGAGUUCUGA